CGUGGCCGCCCGGUCGUCAUUGGUUUAGACGGACGCGCGCCGAAAGGAUUUAAUUAUAUUAUACACAAUUGUCACCUGAACAGCAAACUGCGGACAAAACCUACGAGCACACAUGACCAUCGGGGUUAUUGACAUUUUUUUGAAACGUUACAGAAACUGUGAGUAUAACAAUAUUACACCGUGUAAUGUCUAACGCGUCACAUAAAUGGAUGUAAUACCAUAGACCAGUGGUUUUCAACAUGUGCGUCGCGGCUCCUAGGGACGUCGUGGUUUAGUAUCAAGGGAGCCAUGUGUAUAGUAAAUAUAGUAGAGUAAUACAGUACAUUUAUUUGUAUUAAUUUUUACAUUAUUAUUAUUAUUCGUAAGGAAGCCACUAAUUUGGAUUUCAAAAUCAGAAGAGCCGUGAACCCAAAAAGGUUGAAAACCACUGCCAUAAACAAUAAAGAAAUGGAUAGGACACGUUUAUAUCGAUAUAUGGUCUUAUUUUCAUGUCAGUCUUUCUGUCUUUUUCUCUUUGGCUGUUGUAAUCUUGGAAACAUUCAGUAAUUAAGACUUAUCGAGAAGUUUAAAGAUUGGUUGAUUUCAACUUUUCUCUCGUUUGAGUAACAAUAAUCAUUUUAUUUUUUGGUGUUAUUAUACACCCAUAUAUCUAUGGACACAACAUGACAAACGAUGUCCUCGGAUUAUUGACUUGGCAAUUUGAGCUGCAAUAUUAAAACUGACCGUGUGAUAAGUUCAAUUGUAAGUUCCACUCCAGUCAGAUUUCCUUUCAGAAAAAAUGCUUUUAUUGGCGAAAAAUUUCUAGUAGAAGUGAUUCACAGAUUAAAAAAAAAUUAUAAUAAACAUCAUUGUAAAAUCAAUACAUUCUCUGAUUUGCUCAAAAUCUAAAAUAUAUGUAUACCAUUGUAAAACCAAUACAUUCCUUGCUUCGCUGAGAAUUUAAAAUUGUACACCAUUACCCGUCAGAUCUGGAAUAUAUCUACUACUAGAUAAUCUACAUUGAGUCGUCCAUUUCUUUAUUAUCUAUACUUUAUAUGUGAUAGUGUGAUAUCUACAUUUUACGGUCCAACUAACGGAUACUAUAGCAAAAUUACUUGACUUAAAUUCGACAUUGUGUCGUUUAGGUCGAAAUAAGAGUUUAAACACAAUAAUAAUAACAAUAUUUUAUAUAGAAAAUAAUAAUUUGUUUUACCCAUAAAUGCAAACAUUUUAAUUCUAAUUUACGUGAUUUUGCUAUGCUUAGUUGAGCUGAAACAGUGAAAUUCGGGUAUUAUAUCCACUUAUAUAAUAUCGGUAAUCUGUAAUUUUUUUAAGGAACCUCAUUUCUAACAUUUGUUUUCUUAUAAAGCAACAAAGACAUUUUCAAUUUUUACUGUCAAAGAGAAGUCUAUUAUAAAUUUUGUAAAGAAGAGUAUUUACUAUGGAUCGUAUAAAUAAUUUUUUUUUAUCGAGAUAUGCGUGUAAUUAAUUUUCUCUUAAUCCUUACCAAUAAUAACUUAUUAACAAAUGAAAAUAUUAAAAUGGUUAUUUGUAGGAUCAAUAGCCGAAUGUCUGUCUAUAAAAUGACUGUGGAUAACUUCUCAUUAAACAGAUUUUUUUUUUAUGAUACGCAUGUUCAAUGUUCAUAUUCUGUAAACCUUUAUGUUUGUAUUUCAAAGUACCAAAAUUGUAAAAAUAACUGAAAUGGAGUCAGUAUUUAUUUUCUUUUUAAAAUUUAAUAUUUUUUUUUUUACAUACUGUAUAACAAAAUGUAAAAUAACUUUAAUGAUAAUUUCAGUGAACAAUGGCAGGGCAAAUGCUUCUGCUCGUAGUCAGCACAACACUAAUCCUCGCCCUACAAACUCAAUACGCGACGGCAAAAAAACUGCGUAAGUAUGGAUUAAAAAUUUAAACGAAUUCCGAUUUAUUUUAUAAUAGUUGUAUAAUAAUUGUAAUAAUUGUAAUUAUCUAAUCACAAUCCAUUUUUCAGCCAACUUCGUGCACGUGUGUAAAAGAAGCGACCCGCAACUAGAAAAAUGUCUGGUCAAGACGAUCGAAUCCCUUAGACCCGAGCUUCCCAUCGGUGAGCCAAAAAUCGUUGAAAUCAUAUUUGAGUGCGUUUGUUUUUCGAAUUUCAAAUAGUACGUUGUUUUUUUUGUUUUGUUUUUUUUCGUCAGGUAUACCGAAAAUGCAAAUUCCCGCCUUGGAACCAAUGGUCAUCCCCAUGCUGGUAGUGAACAGGAACGUAGAAGCUCUUAAAGUCAAAGCGACCAUCAAGGAUAUACGCGCUUGGGGUGGAUCUAAAUUUGUACUCAGCAAUCUCAAGUGAGCAAUCUAUGAUUAUCGUAUUACCUUGCAAUCGUAUUAUACGUUAUGUAUUGACUUUUUUUAUUUUACAUUCUACAUAAAUCUGAAAUCUUCACCGUGUAAGGAUGUGUUGAUCGUUGUUUUUUUUUAACAUCUACGCACAUCAGUUGUAGAUUUACGGGGGGGAGUGUGGUUCUACGGGGUCAGGAAUGUAUUAAUUUUACUAUGAUUUAUACUCUUAUAUUCGAAGCGUAACGAGGCAUAUAUUGGUUUUUACUGUCAGUAAAGAACAUUUAGAAAAGAAAUCUUGCUCGAAUGUAUAGAGUAUAGUAUUUUUUCUGAAAAUGAAUGGACUGUGGAGGUCCUUAAUCGAGAUAAUUUUUUUGAUUUUCUCAGGAUUUUUCCCAAUACAUGGGAAAAACCGUGGAAAAAAUGGGAAAACUGGGAAGAAUUACGGAAAAACAGAAAAAUAGGUACAAUAUUUAUUUCAUAACAAAUGUUAUUAGAGAAAAUAUAUCAUGUGUAUGUAAUUAUUUUACCAUAAUAUGACAUGAAUUUUGUUGACAAAGCAACACUAUCAAUUGAACUCCGCUCUGAAUCGUUUUUUCGUUAUUAAAUAAGUAUUAAACUAAUUAUAACCGUAGCUGCACACGUCCCCAUUAUCCAGGACAGCUUUUGAACUUUUGACAGAUUAUAUUUACUUUUUCUAAAAUGCGAAAAAAACUUUUUUAGCUCCGUGAAAAAAAAAGACAUUUUAGGAUAAUGCGGACUAGUGUAGCCACUGUUAUAGAUAAUUUAAUGUAUACCUGUUAGCAACGAUAAACCAUUGCUCACAAAAAACCGAAACUAUCAACGUUUCAGUUGAUAGUGAUGCUUUGUCAACAAUAUAUAUGUCAUUAUGUGUCAUUUUAGAGUAAAAUAAUUAAAUAGACUUUAUAUACUUUCUUUAAUAAUAUUUGUUUCAUGUUGUACCGAUUUUCCCAAUUUUCCUACGUUUUUUCCGGUUUUCCUAUGUUUUACCGCGUUUUUCACAUUUGCUGGGAGAACUUCUGAUAAAAUCAAAAAAUGACCUCUCUUAAGUAUCUCUCUAGUGAAAUUUUCUUUUAUUUUUGGUUUUGCAAAUGUGAUGAGAAAACUCUAGGAAAACUCGAAAAAUGACUUCCUUAAAAUACCUUCUCACACCGAUUUUCUUUCAGUAAAGGUGCUACACUUAGAAACCCGAGCAAGUUUUCUGGUAGAAAAGUUGUUAAUAGAUAAAAGAAAGAAAAAAAAAAGCUGAUAUUGGGGAUGGAAGCAGCCACUGUUGUAGGUGAAAAGUUGAGAAGAUAGAAUACAUAAGGUUAUUUCAGUUAUAUCUGUAAGCAACAAUAAACCAUUGUUUGACGAAAGACGAUUCCGAGCACAAUUCGGUAAUACAUAAUUAAGUGCCGUAAUUUUUUUAAAGUCGUUCGAUGAUUUUGGAAAUUUUACCACGUCUAAGUAAGUUCAGUAUAAAUAUUAUUACCAAGUGUCAAGCCUUUACGUAUAUUUAAACCGAAUUACAGCAAAAAACUUACAAAAAUUAAAAGUCUUUAAAAGCUCAAAAGUGACUUAAAAGUUUUGACAAUGAUGCCGUAAGAAAGUAAAUCAAAAAGGCAACAAAAAAGGAACCUUGUGAUUUUCGAUUAAAUCAUUUUUUCUGGUUGAAAACGUCGUCCGUGUUUUUAUAAAAUAAUGAAAUCGUGAAAUUGUACGUUUUCCUACGUUUUUUCCUACUUAAGUGCUUUUGUUUAAAAUAUGGCGUCAAAGUUCAAAAAAUGAUCGCUUUGUAGUACAAUCUAGACAAUUUGAGCUUUCAGAGAAGAUGUUACUUAUAUACUUCGGAAUAGGUUUACUAAGAAAAAACGUGUCCACAUGCUAGAACAAUGAAAAAGAAGAAAAAAUAAACAGCAUUGUAAAACCAUUAUCUUCUUCGUUCCACUCAAAAUCUAAUAUGUUUGUGAAUUCUAACGGAAAAUUACGGACAAUUUGGUUUUUGUCAUUUAAUAUUUGUUUUUUGUUGUGACGAAUUUUUUUUUUUUUUUCUUGAUUAUUAUGGUCAAAUAACGAAACCUUACCGCGGUCGAAUUUCAUUUAAAAUGCCGUUUAAAAUACCUCCGGAGAUGCGAAUAUUAAUAAUAUUCAUUCGAUAUUAUGUUAUGUACCGCGGUGAAAGUGAUGUCACAACUGGUGUCACGUGUUAUCGCGGCCGUUUUGACCCUGGCGCGCGUUAUAAACACAAUACUACAAUCUAUAUAAUCUAUACAAUCUAUUACUAUAUGUACAGUGUACGCUAGCACGGAGAACAUAGGUAGUUAUGGUGUUAUCAAUUUAAACGCCCGCUUUCGUUAAAAAAAAAACGCGAACGGGUAACGUCUUUUUCCGAGAAAACUAAAAAAAUCAAACGCGUUUCCCGUACACGCUUACGGGCAAGCUUACGGACAAUACAUGUUCGGUACUGCAGUUUGCUUUCUUCGUUGCAAAUUGCAUAAUUCCACGUCGCGCCGACGCGAAAACUGGACCGAAACACACGACACGCGAUAAUGCACACAUCGAGUUACGCAAUAUUUUAUUUAAUUACAACACGCACGCGUAGUAUUAUUUCCAAAGAACCCGACACCGUUGACACAGUUGUAGACUCUUUUGUACUUAUAACGCCGCUGUUCGACUUUCGUCCGAGUGAACGCAUGACCUACCGUAUUUUACAAUAGUAAUUAUUACAAUAGUACUGUAUUAAAUGCACAUUAUAAUACACAACAGCAGGGUCUUCCGAAUUUCACGACUUUACGUUACAGUAACAUUUUACGCGAAACGUCUAUCUCACAAAAUUACUCAUUGUAAAAACUCUCCGGAAUCAUGUGUAAAUUAAUAUAUAUUACGUUGUCCUUAUUGUUUUCACCAUUAUUUUCGGAGGUGAAAGCGGUGAUGUAUUUAACUUGCACCAAAAUUCAAAUUGAUUAUUCUUUCGGUAGCAUCUACGAUAUUAGAGUAUAAUGUAUUGAGAUAUGAGAAGUUAAAGACAUAGAAUAUUCCGUUUCGACUUUGAGUGAUUAUUUCACUUACCUAUUUACCUGCACCGUUUUACGGUAUGUCAGUGUUGACCUAAAACCUACCUUAUAACAGAAAUAUAUGACAGAUGUAUUAUAUAAUAUUAUAAUAAUUGUAUUAUUUUAAGAAAAAAUAUAAUUUAGUAACUUUGUGCUACAAAUGAAAAGCCAGAAAUUUGGCGGGUAGUCAGGAAUUCCGAAAAUAAAAUGUAUAUAUUUUAUUAUUUGUGAGAAAAUUAAAUAAUACAAAAAUGUAUGAAAGUUCGAAAAUAUCAAUCAAAUAAUGUUGUAAAUUAUUGUAACAAUGUUUUAUAAAACAAUUAUAUAUUAAUAAAUUGAUUUUUUAGAAACAGAAUAUUAUAAAGAUAAACUUAUCUUGAAGAGAACAAUAAUUUUUAGAUUUUUAAAAAUAGUAGUCAGCUAAAAUUGUCUAUUAUACUACUGUGAGUUAAUCGAAUAUAGGCACUUGACUAUCGAAUAUUCAAUAAUCGAAUGCAUAGAUACUCAUUUUGGUGCAAAUUACAAACACUAUUUUCAACUACCUACGGUUGUGUAAAUUACAUACCCUUAUUUUGGUGCAAAUUACAAACUCCCGAGAGUGGAACCACUGUCCAUAUUCAAAUAGCAACCUAUAUUAACAAUUCCACAAAUAGACGGAGUUUUAUUUUAAAUACAUUUUUCAGUGGAUAAUAGAAUGUCAGUUUAAUGGAACCAAGAAUUCCAUUGUUGAGCUCCGAGUGCCGAAACUCUCAGAUUUUUAUUUUCUUAUCUUUAUCCGACUUUUCCUAGACCUAUUGAUUUUCCAACGUUUCUUUUUCUACUUAAUUUUUAAGUGUUUCUCACUACACACAGUUUCUGUACGAAAAAUUAGCUGAUUUCUCUCUCUCUUUCUAUUUCACUUGGUCCGUUUUAUGUUUUUAAAUUAAGUUUUUUACAUCUGACAUAGAAUCACUCGGCUUGAAUAAAUAUAAUGUCGUUUACAGGGUAAAUUUGGAAAAGCUAAACGGCGAAGCAACGGUCGUACUGCCAAAUCUGUUCGUCAAUUGCACGUAUGACAUUGAUGGUCGUCUUAUGGUCAUCCCACUUCAGGGACAGGGCAUGUACGUGGGAAACAUAAGUAAGUAGCCUAUAAAUAGUAAAUAAGAACUGUGAAGGAUGGUGAACUACUGAACUUGUCAAAGAAGUAUCUCGAUUACAGUGAAAAUUCCUACACCAAUAAUUACAAUUAGUUUCUUUCAUAAAUAUGGUGUUGUUUUUGUGGAAAUAAGUCGAUGAAUAUAUAGGCCAAAGAAAGAGUGGCUAAGUGUUUCAGGGGUAUAUAAUAUGUAUGCGGACGUGUAAAAGGAUAAUUAAUGGUGAUGGACAAAAAUAUACAGGCGAGAAUAAGAAUAUAAUAUGUCUUGCGUGGAAUAAAGGUAAAAAAGACAAUGUGUUUAGAGUUUAUAUUCCAGCAAGUAAACGUUUAUAGAAUUUAUACAAAAUCUAUGAAUGAUUAAAUGACCGGAUUUCGUUUUUUUAUUACAUAUAAUAUUGGUGCCUAUUUUUUUUUUUCUAUUAAGUUACAGACCGUGCAAGUUUCUUUUUAUAAAAUUAUUUACGUGGAUUUCGGAAUCACGCAACAACUAUUACCCGACGGCUCUUACAGCUAUUUCUGUACAUAUUUAUAAUAUAAAAUUGUAUACGGAAGUAUUAAUAAAAUGUUUAUAGGUUACUUUAUUAUAUUAUUCAAUCAUUGAUAAUUUACUUUUACGCGCGUUACACUUAUAGUUAUUGUUAUUGGUGUAGUCGACAUUUGGCAACAUAAAGGUACGUUUUCCCUACCGCGAUCAAGAACGCGAUCGAGGAACUAAGACCGCGGUCGCUGUGUCUUGGUUUAUUCUAGACGAUUCUACGUUACGAUCCAGAGAUUUAUAUAAUUUUUAUUUCAUAAUGAAAUAAAAAUAUAUUAAAAUAUAAAUAAUCUAACAGUCAGUCGUACUCAAUACUUCGAAGUGCUAAGUCCAGGAGUCCACGCGUACUGCUCGCUUAAAAAAAUGUAUUAGUGUGGAUGUAUUAGAUACAGAAAUCUUGAAAAUUCUUUUACUGGCAGAAGAUGAUGAUGAGGUUUUGCUCUGGUAUCUGUCAGAAGAAGAAAAAAAAGAGCACGAUCCAUUAUUUACAAAGAGAAGUACCGAAGGUUGUCAUGAAAUACUUAUCAAAGGCCAUCUGAAAAAUAAUGAAAUUGAGUUCAUGGAAUUGUUUAGAACGAACCGCGAUCAGUACCUAUCAUAUGAUUACAUAUUAUUUGGCAUAACGCGGCUUAUGCCGAUGCGGACUUCCCACUGCUCAAUUAUAAAAUUAUAAUUAUAGAUAGCAAGAUUUAAAUUUUAAAUAUCGGUUUAUAAUUCCAUAUUAUUUAUUAUUUUCGAAACAACCAGUCGAUCGCGGUGCGAACGGGACUGCUCGAGAAGCGGUCAGUGCAGUUCGGGUUACGUCAACCGCGAUCGCGCAAGGAAACGUAAGUAUAUUUAAUUGACAUUAUGUCAGCACUCACGCGAUCGCGCAAGGGAAAACGCACCUUUACACGUGUUAUAAUAUACCAGGGGUGGGCAAACCGCGGCUCGUGAGUCGCACGCGGCUCGCGUUACAGACUUUUGCACAUCAUAUCGUAACAUUUUUACAAAAAAAAUUGUUUAAUAUGAAUUUAUGUAUUUGAAAAAAUAUAAUAUUUUAUUAAAUUACAGUGUAUAGGAAAAAUUAGUAAAAAUAAUGGGGGUACUUGAUAUAAUUUGUCAUUAUUGAUUAUUUUCUUAUUUGUUGCGUGUUUAUUUUGCUUGUAAGUUUUUUAAAAUCAGGACUAUAUGUUGUUAACGCAGUCCUUAAUAAUUCCAUUAAAUAAUUAUCCGUUAAUAUUGAUCGAUGUUUAGAUUUUCAUGGUUGAGUAUAAAGACUCGCAAGAAUAUGUUUUUCCGAAAAUCGAUAUUAACUUUUAAGCGCAAAGAGUAAUUUUUGGAUAUUUAAUAACAGUCACAUGUUUCCAAAAUUCCAACAAAGAAUGACAACUGUAUUUGAACUGCUUCAGUCCUUCAUCUUUCAAUAAUUCCAAGAGUUCAAUUUCUAAAGCUGCUGUAUCCAUUGAAAUCGAUUUUAAUAUUGGACAUCCAUUUUCAAUAACAUUAAUUACAAAGGGAUUUUUUGAAAUUCGCAAUCGAAGGUUUAAGUAAUUUCAAGUCUUUAAAUCGAUCUUCAAAGUGAGUUGAUAAACAUUCUAAUUUUUUGUAUAUAAUCUUCAAAAUAUUUUCUGAAGUCAAAAUAUGUACUCAUAAGCAAAAAAAUAAAUAAAAUAGAAAAUUUUUUUAAUAAAUUCUACAGCAGACCCCUGCUGUAGAAUUGGGCGGGAACUUUUUCAUGUAAAUGAGCCAUUUUUUAUAAACAAAAUUACAAAACCAUGAUUUUCAAAGAGCCACAGGUAUGUUAUAUACCAUAAGGUAGUACAAAAAUCGACUAAUUUAUUUUACUAAACAAUUUCAUUGUGAUAUUUAGGCAUUAAAAACAUAAUAAUACGUUUUAAAUUUUAAUACAUUGUCCAAAGAGCCACGGAUUGCAUGUAAAGGAGCUGCACGUGGCAUCGGAGCCACAUGUUCCCGACCCCUGUUCUAUAAGUUAUGAAAUGCAAACGUUUCUUACUCCCUUCUUAUGGUUGUUAAAAAUAUGUUUUUGCAUAAAAAUAUUAACUCUAUACAUAAUUUAUAUUCUAAAACGCUUGUUUUAUGAUAACUCAUAAUUACAAAAGUAUCAUAAGACAUAAAUAAUAAAAUAUAAUUGGUAUUGUAAUACCGACUACUGAAUUAAUAUAGUUUUCCUAAAUUAAAGUGUAGACAAUAUUUACUAAUGUAGGUAUUAUAAAAUAUAUGCUCACAUAUUUAUGCAUUUUAUAAUACUUUUGAGUUUUUUUACAGGGGUUUGGACCAUUCCCUCUCCCCCGAAAUUUGUUCGAGGUUGGAAUCGUUGGGUUUUCUUUUCAAAAGUAGAUUAAUGUGUUUAUAUUCUAAAGAAAUAAAUAUUAUGAUUUUCUAACAAAAAAUUCGGAUCUCCAAAUUUUUCCUCAAAUAUUGCCCUGCUUAUAGUUUGGCGGAGUUAAUCUGAAAUCUAAAUGAUGAACGUUUAGAUGAUAAUGCAGAAUAUACAAUCAAAUUUGAAUACUGAAUAUUAAUAUAAAAUCACGUAUUGGUUACAGCUAACACGAAAGCCGACAUCAAGGCUAGCGUCGAAGUCAUGAAAGACAAGAAGAACCGCGACUAUUUCCAAAUUAAGGACGUCCGAAUCAAGCUCAGGGUUGGGGAUGCCGUAGGCAAAAUAAUCGCCCAAAAUAACAACAGAAACAAUGACGCUAUAAGUAUGUGUUUUAUUUUCAGUAUUGUUUUGUAUUAUUAUACUAAAAAGAGAUUAGGUUACAACUUUAAUGUUCUAUUAUUUUUUAUGCGUGCAAGUGACUACAGAGGACGCGUGGUUAUUUUAUGAUUUAUAUAAACGAUGACGAGUCUACAUAAUAAAAAAUAAUACAAGAAUAUAUUAUUUAUUAUAGGUAUAUUAUUAUUUUUUAUUAGAAGAACAUUGAAUGCGUUUUCAUGAACCUGAUAUAAUAAAAGAAAUUUCUAAGAGAAGGCUAAUGUGGACGGGGCCAUACAUGAUGCAAGCAUUGAUCUCUAUAGUUAGACAGGCGAUAAACCUUUUAGAGAAACCAAGGUUAAGAUGGAAAUAUUACAUAAAAAAGAACAAUAAAAUGAUUUGAUUGGAAAUCAGUUGGAUGGAAGCUACAGAGAAUAUAAAAAUAGAUGACAAGCUUUGUAUUUAAAGGUGUAGUCUUAAUGGCCGGAGUCAAAACAAUUAGAAGAACUUAUAGGAGAAAACGUGCUAAAAUAGUUCCUUAUUAGUGUUUGUACCUAAAACCGUAAACGUUUUAAAUAAAAAUCACAAUCUGUUAUUAUUAUUAUUAUAACUAAUAAUAGUAAUAAUUUUGCUACGUCAAAAUAUGAAUAACGAGACUUACGCUCGUCGUUGGCCGGGUUUCGGAAGUAUUAAUUCGAUCGGGUACCGGCGUACAGUGAGGCCAAUGUUAUCGAAAGCUGGAAAAUAUCACUUAUAAAAUUUAAUUAUCUUAUCAUAUUAUAUGAUAUGUAAUCACUAAAAUAAUUCAUCCUGUAUAUGAAACCAGUUUUAAACACUCAAUGUGGUAUACAUUAAUUUAGUUAUAGCUACAACAGUCGUAACACACGCAACAUAAGUCCAAACUAUACAUAUAUACCAAGUCAUAUAACUAACUUUUGAAAGUUUUUUUUAUAACUUCACGUGUUAAAUGUUUAUCGACUUUAAAUUAUCAUUGAAUCAUUAGCAAUAAUUCAAUAAAAUUAUGUUAAUGUCAUUUUUUUUUUCAUUUUUUUAUAUAACCUAUUGCUCAACAUUUUAAACAACAGUGGUACUAAAUUCCAUAAUUAGAAUAAUUACAAAAUAGUAAUAAAAAAGACUGACAUACUUCACACAUAGGUGCAGCCACUAUUAUAGAUGAAAAGUUGGGAAGGUAGGAUACAGAAGGGAAUUUAAUGUUUAUCUGUAAGUAACGAUAAAUCAUUGCUAACGAAAAAACGAUUCUGAGCGGAGUUCAGUUGAUAAUAUUACUUUGUUAACAAUAUAAUAUAUGUCAUAUUAUGAAAAAAUAAUCAUAUAUGAAUUAUACAUUUUCUUUAUUAAUAUUUGUAUAAAAUAUUGUACUGAUUUUUCCGUUUUUCUCAUAUUUUUCCUGAUUUUUCACAAUUUCUGGGAAAACUCUUAAGAAAAUCGAAAAAUGACUUACCUAAAAAACCUCCCCAGUCAGAUUUCUUUUUUAAAAAAAAAUGCUACACUUAAAAAUUGAAGCAAGAUUUCUGGUAUAAAAGUUGCGCACAGAUAAAAACGAAAUAAAACCAUAAGAUUUUUCGUUCUACAAAGAAUCUAAAAUUAAAUUUUUACCUCAUGUAGAAAAAAGAAGCAUAUGUUUUAAAAUUCGAACCUUUCUAAUUAGAUAUUGUUUUACGUUAUUUUCUAAUAAUGAUGUAUAAUUCAAGUUCACCUUCACUUCUGGGUCUUUUCUGGUUUCAUUUACCUAUUGCAAAUUAUAAUAGUUAAUGGAGUAUUCAUCUUAAUGAUAAAAAUAAUAAUAAAUAAAAUAUAGCAAUAAAAAAAUAUCUCCAUAUUUGCCUCAUUUUGUGUAAAUAGCUUCUGAAUAAGCACAUCAUAUAACAAUUUUAUACGAACAGCAACAAAACGUCGAAAAUUAGGUACAAUAUUAAACAAAUAUUAUUAAAGAAAAUAUAUUAUGCAUAUGUAAUUAUUUAACUAUAAUAGGACAUAUAUAUUGUUGACAAAAUAACACUAUAAACUGAACUCCGCUCGGAAUUGUUUUUUCAUUGGUAAUGGGUAAUCGUCGCUUACAAAUAUACAUUCAACUACCUAUAACAGUGGUUGCAUCCUUCUCCAUUAUCCUAAGUCCUAGAACAGACUUUUUUUUAUUUUUGAAAAAUAUUUAACUAAAAUAAUACAGUCUUUUGUGUUUAGAAGUAGAUCUUUAACUAAAUCAAAAUUAAAAAUGAUUAUUAUUUAUUUUCGUAAUGGGGUGGAGAUUGAACCCCGAGCUUUACUUAUAAAUAUGGUAUAGGAGGGAAAGGGAAAUGAGAAUGUCAUUUUAGAUCAUAUUUUAAUAUUUUUUUUAGGGUUUGAAAUAUUCUCACAAUGCUAUUGAUAGUUAUAAUAAUUGUAUUUAUAUCUAUAAUAAUCUAUCAUUAUAAUUAUGAUCCCUCAAAAUAAUACUUUUUUAAAUUCCUGUAUUAGGUAUAGUGCGAUUAUAUUGGAUAUAUAGUAUUUAGUUGUAGGGUGUGUGGUCACUUUUUUGAAGAAAAUUACCUCAAUUACUACCAUGGAGUAUUCUUAAAUACGCCAUAGUUACCACGUGACAGAUAUAGGUACUUAAAUAUUUUAUCGGAUUCAUCAAAUCAAAUCUCUUCAUGCGUUUCUUUUCCUUACAGCUUUACUUUCAAAGCCUAUGUAACAACGAUAUCAUUAUAUAUAAUUAUUACUAUUGCUUAGGUCCUAUAAUACAUAUAAAUAUAUACGUAGCCGUUAUACGUAUACGAUUUUGUAAUAGUUUUACUACGCAAUAUAAAAUAAAUUGUAUAAUAAGCCUAAAAGAAAUAUCUAUAACAUGAUGUACUAAAACCGAUUUCGUAUAUUUAAUGUUUUAGCGGAAACUGCGUCGGUGUUCUACCACCAAAAUCGCCGGGCAGUGUUGGAUAUCGUCACCCCGAUCGCCGAAGAGAUUGCUCACGAAUUUGCUUUACAAAUCGGCAAUAACAUACUGAAAACUAUUCUCUAUGACGAAAUUCUGCCCAAAGAACUACCUUGAUAACGCGGUGCUCGUCACCGUUCACCGCACUAUCUCCUAGCUAUAUUUAAAUUAUACAUUUAGGACUAACUUUUUUUUACGGGUUUAUAUACCCACUCAUUUUAUCAUUUUCAUGUUGUAAUUUAUAUUAAUGUAAGUAUCUAAAAUCACGAUAUUUAUGUAAUCCGAUGUAUUAUAAUCAUAUAUGUCAUCCUUAAGUGUACAUAAUUAUACACGCUCACUCACUUAUAUAUACAUUGUCAACACACGCAUAAUCUAUUAUAAUACCUAUAAUCUAUAUACUUACCUAUUGUACAUUAUUUCAUUUUUACUUUUUAAAGAAAGAACAAUUCCAAUUUUUUUGUUUGUCAAGUUGUACUGAUUCGUAGGUACAGGAGACCGUUUAAAAAAACAAAACAACUACAGCAUUUAUAGCGCUCAGACUAUGUUAAUGUUUAAAAAUUUAAGAACCACACAAAAUAUAUACUUAUACAUAUUAUACAGAACAUCAUUUUGUAUUAUAUUUACGUGUAGGAAAAUUUCGUUUUUGUUUUCAUAUUUUACGGUUUAACGUUUUCCUGUUCAAAAACAUUUCGAUUUUUUUUCGUUUAGCAUUUUCGUGUUCAAAAAUGUUUUCAUUUUUUCCGUAUAACGUAAAUUAGCGUAUUAGUACAUUAUAUAAAGCCAAUUGAUUUGUUUUUUUUUUUAUACUGCAAUUGAUAGACGUUUUGUAAAUUAUAUUAUUAUUUUAAUUUUAUUUUGGUUAUUUUGUACAAAAUAUAAAAUAAAAUGGGACGAACAAAAUACUGGUAAAUGUUAACUGCGUGAAUUUUCCGUGGUUUACACUAAUAUACUUGUAUGGAUCGUAUUCAAAUAAUUUUCGCGUGAACUAUUGACGC